AUGUCUGAUCUAUCAUCCAACGGUCAAUUAAAACACCUUGGUGUUACUCCACCAAUCGCCUUAAACUAUCCGACUCCGAGAGAAAUCGAGGUCACAGAUUUACUGGUUCAAGAACUUACUGCUCAAGGAACUUUUGAAAGUGAAGAAGAAAGUCGUCGCCGAGAAGUCGUACUUGGAAAGCUUGAUAAAUUAGUUAAAGAAUUUGUUUACCGGACAAGUAAAAAGAGACAGUUACCUGAAGCUGACGCAAGGGAAGCUGGUGGGAAAAUAUUUACCUUUGGUUCUUACAGGUUAGGUGUUCAUAAUGCUGGCGCGGAUAUUGAUACGUUAUGUGUCGUUCCAAGGCAUGUAACUCGGGAAGACUUUUUUAUUGAUAUGCAUGAUUCACUUUUUUCUUUAAAAAAUGAAGUUACUGAAUUAACGAGUGUCACUGAUGCAUAUGUUCCAGUAAUCAAAAUGAAGUUUCAAGAUAUUCCUAUAGAUCUUGUUUUUGCAAAAUUAAAUGUUACUAAGGUUCCUGAUGAUAUUGAGCUUAGGGAGAAUUCACUUUUAAAAAAUUUGGAUGAGACGUGUAUAAGAAGCCUUAAUGGAUCGCGUGUGACAGACGAAAUUUUGCGUCUCGUGCCUAGUAUACCAGCCUUUAGAACAUCACUGAGAUGCAUCAAACUGUGGGCCAAGAGACGUGCAAUUUAUUCGAAUGUAAUGGGCUUUUUUGGUGGAGUAGCCUGGGCCAUGUUAGUGGCUAGGAUUUGCCAAUUAUAUCCAAAUGCGAUCGCGGGUGCUAUUGUCUCUCGAUUUUUCAGAAUUAUGUACCAAUGGAAUUGGCCACAACCGGUAUUACUCAAACCAAUUGAAGAUGGUCCCCUGCAAGUAAGAGUUUGGAAUCCAAAGAUAUACCACGGGGAUAGAUACCAUUUGAUGCCUAUUAUUACUCCUGCAUAUCCUUCGAUGUGCGCUACACAUAAUGUGACACAAUCUACCAAAAAAAUAAUUGAAGAAGAAUUCAAAAGAGCGGCUGAAAUAGCAGAUAAAGUUAUGAUUGGAACUGGAAAAUGGUCAGAUCUCUUUGCAAAGCAUGAAUUUUUUUGCAGAUAUCGAUAUUAUCUUCAAAUUAUAGCAUCAUCUGAUUCUGCAGAGAGACAAUUGAAAUGGUCUGGAAUGGUCGAAUCAAGGAUUCGCCAUUUGAUAUCCAAAUUGGAAGGAGUAGAUAACUUAUGUUUAGCUCAUCCAUUUGUAAAUGGGUUUGAUAAAGUUCAUCGUUGUGCAACAGAACAAGAAGCGAAUGAUGUUUCACAUGGAAUUUAUAAUUUAAAAUCUACCAGUGAGGGAAACGGUACGGGUUCUUCGAAAAAUGGAAAUGAAAAUGAAAAUGGUAGUGACACAUCCGCUGGUCGAGUUGUUUAUACCACGACUUUUUAUGUUGGAUUAGAUGUUGAACCACGUGCAGCUGGAUCAACAUCAGCACCUCGACAACUAAAUAUUUCAUGGCCUACGUCGGAAUUUACUAAAUUGGUUAAAAGUUGGGAUAAAUAUGACGACAGAUACAUGGGCAUAGUAGUGAAUGCACAGCUCCCCCCGGAAGUGAUUGAAGAAGGUGGUCAACGAUCCACGAAGAUUAAGCGUAAAGCCGAAGCAAUAGAAGAAGGUGGAAAACGACACCCUAAACGUAAGACGAAAACCGCUACGAAGACAAAAUCAAUCGUGCCGACGCGACGAAGCUCAAAUGGAUCAAGCGAGUCAGUCAAGUCUACAAUUGACAACAAAAUGAUGACAAAAUCGGAUAUAGCUGGAAAUGUGGAAGUUAAUGGUUCCAAUUUGGAAUCAAUUGAAAAUGUUAAAUCGACCCGUUCCUCGUCUCCACCUGACCUAGCUUCUUCGUCUCUAAUACAGGACUAUAACGUAAUACUUUGUUAUUAA